CUUUGAGCUCAAGACGACGUCGUAGCAUGGAGUCACUACACAUUAUCCCACGAACAAACUCGCUAAUUGCUAUGAACGACGAGAAACAGCAAAACAAAAUGGACCUGAAAAUUUCAGAAUCAAAACCCUAGUUGUGAAAUCCAACUAAAUCUUCCCAGAAAAAGAGCGAGGGAAGAGAUAGCUUGAUAUGAAAAUGGCGAUAUCAGCAGAUAUCAGUGUAUCUAUAGCUUUGAGUUCACACAAAUUCAGUACCCCUCGACCUCGAGCCUCAUCUCAUUUUCCCCCUUCUAAGGUGUCCUGCAGCGUGUUCACCAAUGGGACACUACCAAAAUUCUCUCGUCGUUUACUAAGUUGCGAUACCACACGUUGCCACUCUAAAAGGCCUCUUUGGGUUUUCGGAGACUACAAGCUCUCGCAAAAUCCCAUCAGCCAAGAAUUCGAGAAUUUUCUACUCAACGCAAUCAAAUUAAACUUCUUCGAAAGGCUAAACCUGGCAUGGAAGAUACUAUUCCCAUCACCCGCCGCCACCAAACGAAAUUCCAACGCAAACAUCGCCAAACAGCGCCUUAAGAUGAUCUUAUUCUCUGAUCGAUGUGCUGUUAGCGAAGAGGCCAAACAGAAAAUCGUGACCAAUGUCGUGAGUGCCUUGUCUGAUUUUGUCGAGAUCGAGUCUCGGGACAAAGUUCAGUUGAGUGUCUCGACUGAUCUUGAUCUCGGGACCAUUUACUCUGUCACGGUGCCCGUUAGACGUGUGAGGCCGGAGUAUCAACUUGAUGACGAGGCUGGGUCGAUAACGAAUAUCGAGUAUAGGGACAGGGGAGAAACCUCGGGCUCGGUUGAUGUGACUUUUGAUUUUUAUAUUCCGAGUGACGAAAAAUCGGAGGAUUUUAGUGUGUGAAAGGGGAGGUGAUGCGUUUUAUUUUUCAUUUUUUUUCUGCAGGUUAGUGAUGUGUUUUGUUCGUUCUUUGGAUGAUGUCACCACCGAGGAGCAGAAUGUAUUCUUGUAUAUAGUUGGGAAAGAACUUUUAAGGAUGAUUUGAUUGUUGAAGUAGCUUUGUCUGAUAUAUUUUUGGAUAUCGUUUUGAAAUCCUACUUGAUGGGAAAUNACCAAAAUU